AUGGAGGAAAGGGACAUCAGAGAAUUGCUGAGCAUAAACACAACCCUUCCGGACGUGGCACCUGAACACGUACAUUCGACUGCGCAGUGCCUAGAGACUCCUCAGGGGACUGGCCUCUGGAUCCUGGACGUGCUGAUUGGGGCAAUCGCCCUCGUUGGGCUGGGGGAGAACACCAUCGUGCUGUGGCUCCUGAGGUUCCGCCUGCCGAGCACCGCCUUCUCCGUCUACAUCCUCAACCUGGCCGCAGCAGAUGCCCUCCUCCUCCUCUGUAUGGUGCUGAAUUCAGUACUUCUACGUGUUUGUACCAUUCCUCAUGAUGAGUCUUUGUUCAAGUUCAUGGAUCUUGGGAAAUUCUUUCCUUACAUCACCGGCAUGAGCUUUCUCAGUGCCAUCAGCACCGAGCGCUGCCUCUCCACCCUCUACCCUGUCUGGUACCGCUGCUGCCGCCCGAGACGCACAUCUGCAGCUGUAUGUGCCCUGCUCUGGGCCCUGAACUUCCUGCUCACUGUCACUGAAGGGCUAUGCUGUGGUUUACACACUAGAGGAGACAGUUCUAAAGUGUGUAGGCCACUGGAUGUGAUCAUCAUGGUGUGGCUGGCCUUCCUGCUUUUCGUUCUCUGUGGGUCCAGCCUAACUCUGCUGGUCAGGGUCCAGUGUGUUUCCUUGCACGCCCAGCCCCCCAGGCUCUACGUGAUCAUCCUGUUUGUAGUCCUGGUUUUCCUGCUCUGCGGGCAGCCUUUGGGCAUCUGUGACGGCUUGUUACGUUUGGAAGCGAUCAGUAAGGAAAAGAUGACUCCUUAUGUUAAGAGAGCAUGUAUUCUCCUGUCAUGUGUGAACAGCAGCGCUAAUCCUGUUAUUUACUUCUUUGUUGGCUCCGGUAGACAGAAACUUCGGUCUCGGAGGUCCCUCAAGCUAGUUCUCCAGAGGGCCCUUGAGGAAGAGCCAGAGAUAGAGGGAGGUAGAGACAUUCAGCUCCUGGAAACCGAGCAGUAG